AAACCAGACCAGCACCCCCACCAAAGGAAAGAAGCAAAAAAAUAAAAAAAAGAAGAAAAAAAGCUCUCAUGGCAGACAUGAGCAACAGGCCCUCCAUGGCCCACCUGGCUCAUGACCACAUCGUCUCCAUUCUCCAGCUCCUCCCCAUAGACUCCAUCAUCUCCUUCUCCAUGACCUGCAGAAGAUUCAAGUCCAUAGCCUCAUCUGACAUGCUCUGGGAAGGUAUCUGCAGGAGAGACUGGGGGAAUAUCUCUGUGGAUGGCCUUUUGGCCUCUUCUGACAAGAAAUUGCCUUGGAAGAAGGUCUAUCAGCAGGUUUCCCAGCUGGGUUGUGUUUCUUGCAUCAGGUUGCAUGGGAAAGAUGGGAUCCUUCCAAAGCCUAGAGCCUCCCAUUCACUCAAUUUCAUCUCUGAUUGCUUGGUUUUGUUUGGUGGAGGAUGCGAAGGAGGACGCCAUCUGGAUGACACGUGGGUGGCAUAUGCUGGGAAUGAGAUUACGAGGGUUCCAAGGUGGCGACAGACGAAUUUAGGCACCCCCAGUGGACGUUUCGGACAGACCUGUAUUGUUGUUGGUGAUGCUCUUGUUCUCUUCGGUGGGAUCAAUGACAAUGGAAUUCGCCAGAAUGAUACGUGGGUUGGUCACAUCAUGCAUGACGAGAAGCUUGAAAUCAAACUCCCAUGGAGGCUGUUGGAUGUGGGUCCCAACAUACCUCCACCUCGUGGGGCCCACGCUGGAUGCUGUGUAGGUGGCAAGAGGAUGGUGAUCCAUGGAGGGAUUGGACUAGAUGGCCUCAGGUUGAGUGAUACAUGGCUGUUGGAACUAUCCGAUAGUGCGAGAUCUGCAAGGUGGCAUGAGAUUGUAAUCCAUCCAUCGCCCCCGGCGCGGUCAGGUCACACACUGACAUGGAUCGGUGGCCCCCUCAUGAUUUUGUUUGGAGGGAGAGGAACAGGCUAUGAGGUGCUCAAUGACCUUUGGCUCUUAGACAUGGGUGGCGAGUAUCCUGAAUGGGUGGAGCUGCAUCACAACUCAUUGAAUGUACCCGAUAGCGUUCCCCUACCGCGUGUGGGCCACUCAGCGACACUUAUCUUAGGAGGCCGGCUGCUGAUUUAUGGAGGCGAAGAUUCAUACAGGCACAGGAAAGAUGACUUUUGGGUGUUGGAUCCCAGUGCAAUACCGGCUGUUAGAAUGCGGCCCCAGGCACCCAACUCAAUGAUAUCAUCAGGAAAUAUGUGGAAGAGAUUGAAGGUCAGUGGCCGUAGGCCGAAUUGCCGAUCGUUCCAUAGAGCAUGCGCAGAUCGAUCUGGGCGGUUCAUAUUCAUAUUCGGCGGCAUGGUGGAUGGUGUGAUGCAGCCAACUGAAUCAGCUGGGCUGAGGUUUGAUGGGGAGCUGUAUCUUCUGGAGCUCGUGCUUCAGUUGUAGGAGUAGAAACCAGAAAAUCAAACAUGUGCUGUAGCCAAAGGGAAGAUUUCAUGCAGGAAAAUGAUCAAGUGCAAACGACCUCUGUUGGCCCCACCAUGAUGUGUUCAUGGCAUCCACUCCAACCAUCAUACACAUCCUCCCAUGUUUGGCCAUGACCCCAAAAUUCAUACCAAUCCAUAAUUCAGGUGGGCCACACCAUAGGGAAACACUAGAGAGAGCAGGCCCUCCCUUAUCCUAACCGUUCUUGCUCAUCUUCCCCACCUGAGUCAAAUGAGGGAUGGUGUCAUGAACACAUCGAAGUGGGGCCCACAUGGUUCGUUUGCUCUAUAAUUAUAGCGAAAACGUAUGGACUAGAUCAUGACCUUUUCAUGUAUUCAGGUGGAAGUUGGUGUGUGCAUGGUUAUGGAUGUUUGUACCGAGUAAGAGAACUAACUCAGUGUCCAGAGUGUUUUGUAGAUGAGUAGUGAUGGCUGCAAGAGUCCCCACUUGUGCUGAUGUGUGCCUCGGUGCGAUCCGAGCCGUUCAUCAGGUGGGCCCCAAAAGUCAAGUUGCGGAUUGAUGGUUAAAUAGAUUGAUGAAUGGCCAUGUGGCCCACUUAAUGAUCUGAUCGGCCUUCUUUUUGGUCACUGAGAUGUGUGUGUUGAGGCCCACAUGAUGAGCGUCCUGGAUCUUGCAAGGAAUGUAGGGUUGUUUGUAAAUAGAAACCAAGUGAUGGAGCUCAAUAUAUGGUGUAUAAAUCCUAUUUAAUGAAAUUGGUUGUGGCUCAUUUUCGUCCAUUAAAGUGAAAGUGGUUUUUGUCA